GCUUUUUUGACUGUCUUUUCUUGUGUUGUUUCUUUGAUUGUUUUGUAAGUCGCAUAUUGAUGAAUUUGACAUUUUUAUUUCGUUUGAUUUGCACGUGUAUGUCUGUAAAUUUAAAAAAAAAAACGUUUUUGGCGGAGUUUGUAAGAAAAGUUGGCAAUAUUGUCGUGUUAAUUGGUUAUUUUUCAAUGUCUAUCGUGGUGAGAUUGAGUUGGCCUUGUUGAUUGUCGUUUCGUCUAACGUUUCUUUGAUUGUUUUGAUGGAUUUUUGACGGUUUUAUUUCCUUUGAUUUACACAUAAAAUGGCAAGCGAUCCAGAACAAGCAGGCGAUUGUCCCGACGAUUUCGUCGAAGAAGAGGAGACCGAUGCGGAAAUGGCGAGCAAAAUCCUCAACUUCCCGAACGUGUUGGCCGCCUUACAGAGUCACCAGAACGCGGAAAUGAUCGCAAACCUUCCAACAGUUGUAAAACGGCGGUUAAAAGCACUGAAAAACCUCCAGUUUGAAAACACCAAGCUAGAAGCCGAGUUUUUCAAGGAAGUUCACGAUCUAGAAUGCAAAUAUCAUCUUCUGCACACGCCGUUAUUCGAGAAACGUAACAAUAUCGUUAAUGGAACCUAUGAGCCUGUGGACGAUGAGUGUCAGUGGCCAUCUGAAGACGAGGCUGAAUUGUCUGAGGAUUUGAAGGAUAAGGUUAAGUUGGAGGACAAGGAUAAUAAGGAUGUGAAAGGCAUUCCAGAUUUUUGGUUGACCAUUUUUAGAAAUGUCAGUAUUUUGUCGGAAAUGGUUCAGAGUCACGACGAACCCAUCUUGAAACACUUAAAAGAUAUCAAACUCAUCUGCAAAGAAAACCCCAUGGGCUUCAUUUUGGAGUUUUAUUUCGAGCCAAACGAAUUCUUCACCGACACCGUGCUAACCAAGGAGUACCACAUGAAGUGCGUGCCUGAGGAGGAUGACCCGUUCAACUUCGAAGGCCCCGAGAUCUACAAGUGCAUCGGUUGCACGAUCAACUGGGCCAAGGGCAAGAACGUGACCGUGAAGACGAUCAGGAAGAAGCAGAAGCACAAGAGUCGCGGCGUGGUGCGCACCGUCACCAAGACCGUGCAGAACGACUCGUUCUUCAACUUCUUCAAUCCGCCGGUGCUGCCGGAAGAGUCGAAGGAGGACAUCGAGGACGACCUGCGCAACCUGCUCACCAGCGACUUCGAGAUCGGGCACUACAUCAGGGAGCGCAUCAUCCCCAGGGCGGUGCUCUACUUCACCGGCGAGGGUAUCGAGGAGGAGGAGGACUUUGAGGAGGAGGAGGACGACGAUGACGACGAGGAAGAAGAAGACGAAGUCGGGGACAACGACGACGCCGCGGGCAAGAACGCCAGGGAUCAGAAUUGCAAGCAGCAGUGA